AUGAAGUUAUCAGUGUCGGCUUAUAGAGCCCAAGCUAGUGCUCACAAAAAGAUCCUGUGUAAUUAUCAGCAUCAACUUAGUUACGGUGCUACUACGCAUCAAAGUUCAACUGCCAGGACACCGUCUGAUCCUGCAGCACUACUAUCGGGCUUAAAGCUAAAAAUCUGGAUGAUCCAACUUACACCGAGGGCACGAAAUCGUAGAAAAUGCAAAAUAAACAAGUGGUUUAGAAUUUUUAAAAUCCGGAGAAAAAAAAAUUUUUUUGAUCCGUUGACUCACACCAAUUUUACUUUGGCGAAGUGUAACAGGCCCUAG